AUGAGCCGAAUGCGGAGGGGGAGUACCAAAGCCACCGGCGCGACCCGACCGCUGUGUAGCUAUGGCACCAAAUGCUACCGCCGCAACCCGGAGCAUUUGACGGACCAGGCACACCCAUGGGAUGAGGACUACUUGACAUGCUGCUUAGAAAAGGGGCACUCUCCAGAGUUUGUGAGCAUUCGGAUGCUUUUUGAAUGGGUCGAAAUGCAAGAUGAAGCGACAGGAACUGAGCGUGCUCGUGCCACACGCCACUGGAGGUUUGGCCUGAAAUCCAACGUUUGGGACAAGACGUCCCUAACUUGGACGACGAUCUUUGGAACUCCUUGGACGACGAUGGGAACGGCUUCAUCAACUUCUCAGAAUUCGCGGAGUUCACCACCAAGAAGAAAGUGA